AUGCCUUACAUCAGCACCACGCCAGCGCGGCUGCUCAACCCCUGCACGGGAAACCAGAACUGCACCAGCCCCUUCAGCUACAAGAACGUCCUGGGGCUGACCGAGAACGGGGACGAGUUCAAUCAGCUGGUCAGUCAGCAGCAGAUCUCAGGGAACCUGGACUCCCCCGAGGGGGGGUUUGAUGCCAUCAUGCAGGUGGCGGUUUGCAAGUCUCAGAUUGGUUGGAGGGACGUGACCCGUCUGCUGGUGUUCUCCACUGAUGCCGGUUUCCAUUUUGCUGGAGACGGAAAACUGGGCGGCAUCGUCCUGCCCAACGACGGGAAAUGCCACCUGGAGAACAACAUGUACACCAUGAGCCACUACUACGACUAUCCCUCCAUCGCCCACCUGGUUCAGAAGCUGAGCGAAAACAACAUCCAGACCAUCUUUGCUGUGACUGAGGAGUUCCAGCCUGUUUACAAGGAGCUGACCAAUCUUAUUCCCAAGUCAGAAGUUGGCACUUUGUCCUCCAACUCCAGCAAUGUGAUCAAUCUCAUUAUUGAUGCCUACAAUGCUUCGGUCGUGGUGUCGUAUGAAAGGAAAAGCUCCAGCGAUCCGCCUCCAGAAUCGGAGGAAACGGCCGAAUCCACUCAGGCUGAGCCCACUCAGGCUGAAUCCACUCAGGAUGAGCCCAUUCAGGAUGAGUCCACUCCAGUGGACCCCGCUCAGCCUCCCCCUGAACCGGAGACCCCGGAAGCACCCGAAGCCUCUGGUUCAGAGGAAGAGGAAACACCAGCUCCCGCAGACCCCCCCGAGGCUUCGGAUGGAGCUCCAGAAGAAGUUUCUUCCUCUCAGGAGGCCGGACAGGUGGAGCCCUCAGAGAUGGAAGAAAACGCAGAUACAGAGGCCGAGUGUGUCUCCGCUGACCCGGGAGAUGAGGACUCCCCAGAGCAGCCGGAGGGGGGCGAGGCCCCGCCCGGGUCAGAACGGGAGUCUGGAAAUCCAGAGGAGGAGGAAUCAGAGGAGGCAGAAGGCGACGCCCCCCCCACUGAGCCGGAGGCUGAUGAGGAAACGGGGGAGUCGCCCCCCCCAGAGGACCAAACCGAACCUCACACAGAAGGAGAAGCAGCUCCGGCCUCAGAGGUGCAGGAACAGCCCGACGACUCCUUAAUGCUCAACAUCCAGGCUGAGCAGGAGCCCGCCGAGCCCCAGAGUGCCAAGAAAAAGAAGAAGAAGAAGAAGAACAAAAAACAAGCCGAGACUCCGACGGCCGACCCUUCGAGCCCGGAGGACCCGGUCAGCGACACUCCUUCCGGCAAGAAGAAGAAAAGGCAGAAAAAGAAAGUCGAGGAGCUGCCCACAGAGGAGGAAAAGAAGCUGGAGGAGGAGGAAAAGAAGAUGGAGGAGGUGCCAGAGGAGGAGUCUCAAUUAGCUCAACUAGAGAAGAAGAAAAAGGCCAAGAAAAGGAAAAGGGAGAAGGAGGAGGUGGAGGAGAAGGAGGAGGAAGCUCCAGAAACCAAAAUCAAGAAAAAGAAGAAGCUCAAAGAUGAGGAGGAGCUGGAGGAGAAUCCAGAGAUAACGGAGGAGAAGACGACAAAGAAGAAGAAAAAGAGGAAGAGGCAGAAGGAGGUGCAGUCUGCAGAGCCGCCAGCAGAGGGCGACGGCGCGGACGCCACAGUCAAAAAGAGACACCGGCUCAGGAAGAAGCUCAGCCUGAGGAAGAGAUUACGACUCCUGAAGAAAGAGGACAUGAUGAUGAGGAGGACGAAGAGCAGCAGCAGCCUCCCAGCAGGGAAAAAGAAACAAAAACAGAUCCAGGACGAAACAGAAAAGACGACACAACCAAAACCGGCCCAAAGAGAACCAGCCGACCUCGUCCAGGAAGGGGACACCCCCAAGAAGAAGAAAAAGCUGAAAGUCAGCACGGAGCAGGAGGAGAAUUCAUCAAAGGAAAACCAGCCUCCGAAAGCAAAGAAGAAGAAGACGGCCCCGAGCGCCGAGCCCCCCGAGGAGGACUCAGCUGCCAGCUGCCGCCGAACCAAAGAAGAACAGAUCAGAGGGUGGAGGACUGGAGGAGAUGGAGUCUGCUGCCCCUCCAGCUGUUUCUGUGAAAAAGAGAAAGUCCUCAAAGAAGAAGACGACCUGAGCCAUAUUCGGGAGUUUGAUCUGGUCUGA